AUGUGAUAUACAGACCUGGAUGUUAUAGAAGACAGUGAGAGGAUUCUCAAUCUGUUCCUUGGCAGGGUGAUAGGAAAACCUGGCUAAGUGUAGCAGGAAAAGCCCUGAUAACAAAAUGAUUUGUGGGGAGAUGUAAAAAAAAAAAAAAGUCUUACCGAUCCAAAAUCAUGAUAAGAUAUUCUUCAUCUGCAUCUGUACUGCUGCACUGAAAUAUUAAAAUCUUCAAAGUGGAUUGGAUAAACUCAGUUUCUGGGAAGUCAGAGAGAGGGAGAACAUACAGUGUUGGCUGGUGUGUCAUUCUAUAUUCCUCAGAUCUUUAAGGCCGUAUGGCCCUCAUUCCUAACAGAGAGAGGAUUUGGUGUGUAUGUGGUUUUAUGCUGGGGAUCGAUUUCGAUUGAGAUGUGAGAUAUUGGGGCUAAAUUACAUUUGGAAUUCAUUCAUUGUGUAUUGAGUUCCUGUUGGUAAAGAAACAAAAUUUGGGGGGAGAGAGAGAUUUGAUUUUCACUCUCGCUGAGUACUGUCUGGUCGUAUGAGGAAGCGGUGCGCUGUUGGCAGGGAGUUCCACAGUCAAUACGUGAUUAGCAGACAAUGUUUACACUGUUGGAAUGACUUUUCAUUCAUAAUUGCCAGAGUGGAUUACUCAAUGAAUGGGUUCAUCACUUCAGGCGUGAAUAUUGAGUGCAUUUUUACACCAGAUGUAUUGAUUACCAAAGUUUUCUUUUUAAAAUUUUUUUAAAGUACACUGGAUAUAAUUGGGCUACCUAAUUAACUGUUAAUUAGUGUGUGUUUUGCAUUGUGAAAUCUUAGCUGCGUUAAAUUUUAAAAAUGCCAGCUCGUCAAAGAACCUCUUCUCUUUUUGCCUGUACUCGGCCUAUGGAUGUAGAUUUUGUCCCAGGGAGGAUCAAGGUCAUUGAUGUACGGAGCCAGCUUAACGAACAACUCAAAUGUCUGGAAAAUCGCCUGGAGAUCCAGGUUGCCAUGGUUACAGAACUCCAGGACUUUUUCAGGAGGCUAUCGGAAGUGGAAAUGGACUACGCCAGAAAUCUAGAGAAACUGGUCAAAAACACAAAAUUACGCCAUAGGCAGGAAAAACAAAAGAGGGAACACUGGUCAUUAUUCUCCACAUUCACAACAUGGCAGCAGGUCCUGGACAUAACAAAGAAGGAGUCGCGGGACCACCAGACCCUGAGUGAAAUCUACGGCAAUCAGAUGGUACAGCGCUUCAACACCAUCAUGGACAACUCACAGAGGAUUCACAGGAGUUGUCAUGAUAUAGGAAUGGAGUGCCAUGAAGAUAUUAUGAAGACAUUAACAGAAUUACAAAACGCCAUGAAGACCUAUCAUACCUACCAAACAGAAAGUAUGCAGGCCGAGAGUAAACUACGAGCCGUGGAGAGUCAAAAGAACAAACUAGAGCAGCAGUUAGCUGGGAAAAACGUCUCCAGUAACCGCAAACUAAAGGCCUUCACAAGGCAAACAGAAAAGAAACAGAACAAAUAUGCAGAGAACAAACUGAAAGCCUUAAAGGCUCGGAACGACUACCUACUGUGUAUAGAGUCAGCUAACGCCGGGGUCAGCAAGUACUUCACAGAGGACAUCUCAGAUCUUGUGGAUUGUAUGGACUUUGGCUAUCAUAACUCCGUGCGCUGUACAAUGAUGAUGUACCAGUCGUGUCAUAAGAACAUCAGUAAGACGCAUCACAGUGCCAUCGAGGUCAUACAGAAGUGUGUGGGUGACCUUGACCCCCAGGCGGACAAACAACGCUUCAUAGAGCUGUACAACGCAGCAUUCAUGUUACCCAAAAAGUUUGACUUCCAGCCUUGUAAAGGAGACGAGGUCCAACAAAUCAGUGCUCAGAAGCCCGUACAGGAUGACAUUCUCCAGAGAUAUAAAACCAUCGGUGAUCGUCUCGUACAACUCAGGCUCGAGAAUGACGAGACGUGGAAAACCAUGGAGGCCACGGAGAAAUCCCUGAACGAGAUGAUCACCGGGAAAAAUUACGACGUCUCGGGCUUCUUCCUAGAGGAGAACCCCCCUCCCCGGUCCCCCCACGAGGCGGCCAAACAGCGAAGUGAAUGGCUGGAGAUGGAGGCCUUCUAUAUUAAUAAAUUCCGGAAGUAUACACAAAGCUGUAACCAGAUAGCCAGACUACAGGGAAAAUACAGUAUAAUCCAAAGGGCAUUAGGGGACAACAUCUCAACCUCAGGUAGACCUCCAUCCCUACCCCCCAAACCUAAGAAGAGGCGGAUCAAUCGCAGUCAGAUUGUGGGACAGCCCAAGUUGUUUGGGGGGAGUCUGGAAGAGUACUGUGAGGCAACUGGACAAGAAAUUCCACUGGUUGUUAAAAGUUGUAUACGGGCAAUUAACUUGUAUGGAAUGCAUCACCAGGGAAUCUUCAGGAUUCCUGGAGCUCAGGUUGAAAUUAACGAAUUCAAAGCCGAGUUUGAGAAAGGGGAGGAUCCAUUAAUUGACAUGGAUCCAAGUGACAUCAACUCAGUAGCUGGGGUUCUCAAACUGUACUUCAGAGAGCUCCGCGAGCCUCUGUUUCCCCUGCCUCUAUUUGACGAGCUGAUAUCAGGGAGUAAAUUAGAUGAUGGACAGCGCGUGGAGAAGAUUAAAGAGCUCCUGUCACCAUUACCGCGAUGUGUUCUGGUUGUCAUGCGUUAUCUCUUUGCCUUCCUCAAUCAUUUAUCUGAGUAUUCGGAUGAGAAUAUGAUGGACCCUUACAACCUUGCCAUCUGCUUCGGUCCAACGCUUCUCCCGAUCCCAUCAGACCGUGACCAGGUGUCGUACCAAGGCAACGUCCACGAGGUCAUCAAGACAAUCAUCAUCCACCACGAAGAUAUCUUCCCUUGUGAUGGCGGCGAAGUUUAUGAGAAAUGUAUUGUCGAUGAUCCAGAUGCGGAGAGUUAUAAUGAUAUAACAGAUAUAGAGGUGGAUCCAAGUUCUGCUGCGAGCGAGGAGGACGAUGAUGAAGAUGAUGAUGAUGCACAGAUCUUUGAAGCUGUAGCACUGUACGACUUUGAGGGAAGGACGGAGAGAGAGUUGUCGUUUAAGAAGCAUGACACCCUGUUGGUGUAUCACCGCGUGUCUCAGGACUGGUGGGAGGGGCUGUACCAGGGGAAGGAGGGACUAAUACCUGACCGCUACAUCAACCUCAAACACCCCCCUGAGGAUCGGAGAAGUCAUUCAGAGGAGGACGGAGUGAGUCGGACGUCCACACUCAGUAAGGUCAGCACCUCCCAGCUCCCCACGAUACUCACAGAGUCCGAGGAGGGGCCAGAGAAACCACCCCAGCAGCCCACCCCCAAGACCAGCGAGCCAGAUAAACCCUCCCCCCACGUCACCCCCUCAGGGACCCCCCGGUCCUCCCUGGGUCCUAAGGACUUCUCUAGUGGCCCCCCUAAGUUACCCAAUAGUUCCCCAAAACUUCAAGUAAAGAGAAGGACUGAUAAAGACUUGAAAAUUGUAGAGGAAGAAGAUAUGGUGAAGCCGAAUCAGGAGGAUUUAAGUGCUGAUGUUGAUAUAGAUAGUGCUUUAGCUGAGGUAGUGUCUGGUCUUCGUUCUCUGGAGAUGCAACAGAGAUCAGACAUGCAGCAGAGGUCGGACAAACGAAUGAGUCUACCCAACAUAAAGCACACCCCUAAACACACCCCCGAUCUGGUGCUAGAUCUCCCCACAGAGGGGGCUAAUGUGUCACCUCAGGAUCUCAGUGAACCUGACAGCCCCACGACCACUGCUGAUACGUUUGCUCAGUCCAAUCAGGGAACGCUGAAAAAGGCCAACUCCAUGCCAAGGAAUAUCCCUGGAACAUUCUUAGACACUGAACAAGGCGGGUCAAAUUUUAUGACCGGACAGCCAAUACUGGGGUCGUUUGCAGGAAGGAAAAGACCUGGAAGUGCUCGAGAGGGCUCUGCUAAAGGCCCUGUCUCACCCCUUAUGUCAGCCUCUAUGACAUCAUCACUGACCUCAUCAGAAAUGUCAUCCAGCAUGACAUCAUCAAUGACAUCAUCGAUGACAUCUUCCAUUUCUGUACCACCUGUGCUUCCUCCCACUGGAUUGUCUGGAGGCAAACAACCUCCUCCAGUGGCAGAGAAACCAAAACUUCCCCCCAAGGUCAAACCACCUGUCAUGAAAAAGCCCCCGAGAUCUCCAGAGGUACAGAGGCGACAGCCUGCACAGCCAACCACUCUAGAUUCCAAGCAAUGAGCUAAGUGAAAGUAGAAUAGUGUCGAAGUGAAAGUAGAAUUGUGUUUAUUUGUGUAUUGAGGAUUAUUUUAUUCAGAAUUCCAUAUUGAAUGGAUUUUUUAUGUAUACACAAGAGUGCAAUUGUCUGACAAGUUUUUAAUUAGUGUAAGUGGGAGGUAUGUGUGAUUUUCUGUGCAAUAUUGGACUUUAUAAACUGAAAGAAGUGAGAGUAUAUAACUUAUGUUCAUUCUCAGUCUUUAUCUAUAAACUGUAUUUACAUAGAGCCUGUCUCAUGUAAACCCGGUUUGCUUUACUACAUGUAUCUCUAAAACAAGGGAAAUUUCCAUUUUUCGUCCUGAUGCUAUUUAUUUCAGAAAACUAUCAAUCCACCGCAUUUAAUACAUGAGGCUUUUGCUCAUCUUUUUUUUUUAUUUUGAUGAUUAUAAGAAAAUUCUAAAAUUUUUGGUUCAAAAAGAGAGAAAUUGAACAAAAAUAUAUAUGAACAUGAUGAAUAAGAAGUUACUCUUUUAUAUAUUUGUAAUGUAAUUUGCAUUACAUGUAGGUGAAAAACUAUUUACAUGUAUAUAAAUUUAGGACAAUGAAUGUGAUGAAGGAAUCUUACAUUUUCAAGCAAAUUGCAGGAAGUCUUAAGUUACACGGAUUCCAAAGCAGAUGUGUCAUUGCUCAAAAUAGAAUCAAAUCUUAUAGUAUAGCUUUACACGUAACCAGCAGCUCUUCCCUACCAGUAUUUUCCAUCUCAUCUAAUUUUGUUAAUUUCAUAUAUCUUUCAGAGUGAUCUUUUAUUACACAUUGUUUUAAAUUUUGGAUUUAAUCUUUCGAUUCUCAUUACUGGCGUGUGUGAUACAAUGUAAUAUACUUUCUGGCAUAAUACAAUGUAACUGUGAUAAACUCCAUCUCGGCGCUUCCAAGUACAGAACUGAACAAAAGUCUCUCACUGAUUUCUACAGGGUUGUAUGAAAUUAGGUUCUUAGUUCCGUUGUCAAACUAUCUGAAUAUUGUAUUAUUAUAAUUAUGUACAAGAGCUGUGUAUUAAAAAUUGCAAUGUCUGGUUUGUAGAUUUCAAAUGACACAAAAUAUAUACCAGGUAUAUAUAGGAUGUUUGUAUAAUUUUUCUCACUCAUGCAUUUUGGAAAAGAACAAGAAUAUCUUUAAAUGCCAGUAACUGAUUAAAUGGGUCAUAACAUUUUGGCUGAUAUAAAAUAUUAAUAGGUGUGUAUAUUGUCAUUAACAAUUUGAUUCUAAUUAGGCCAACACUGAUAGACCAUACCUCUUAAUACGUUUUUAACACAGGGUUAUGUGCAAUGGUUGAUUCUGUGCAUAUAUACACAUGAACAAUUCAAAUGCAGAAUUUGAAAUUCAUGUCUUAAGUAUUGUGAAAAAUGUUAAUUAUGUAAACUAUUUAAAGAUUUUCUUUUUUUUUUUUUUUUUAAUUAAUUAAGGUUGAUUUCUAUCAGAGAUGUAUUACUUUUAUGAAAUCGCCAAAAUAUGUACGAAAGUAUAUUAUAAAUUAACAAUAGCUCUGUACAUUUUACAGAUUUUAUUUUUAUUUUUCUAACCAAAUUAGAAAAAACAAAUCAUUCAUGACUGCAUUGAAAUAAUUAUAACACUGGUCGCCUGUAGUAAAAGUUUGCAAUGGAACAAGUUUCAUGAUUUUUUCUAUCAUUUUAUAUCGUGCAUUAUGACCAAGGUGCUAACUCUGUAUACAUAGGAUCAAAUCUACUGAAUAUCUUCACAAUAAUCACAACACAGAGCUCAAACUAAUGUUCACUCAAUGUUAUCAAUUAAAAUUUUGUUAAGAGACUUGUUCACUCUACUAGAGUGGGUAUAUGGUACAUUUCCUCAGUAUAUGUGUACUUAUGUAUUGUCAUUUCCUCGGUACAUGUGUACUUAUAUGUAUUGAUUGUCAUUUCUUUGGUACAUGUGUACUUAUUAUCAUUUGUGUUCACUUAAUCAGAGAAAGAACCUGUUGCUUGUUUAUGUCUUUCUCUGAGAAAUCAGCAAGUAAAGCAUAAAACAGUUACUUUACCAAGUGUUAUUCAGUUAUUUGAUGAUUGGUAGUUAUUAAAUCAUAUCUUUUUUCAUACAGAUCUGAUAUGUAAUUAAGAAUUUAGACAUUUCUUCCUAAAAAGGCCAAACAUUGCUUCAUUCUGCAAUUUAAAAAAAGUCAUUAAAAUUUUAACAAUUUG